CGCACGCAGCACUAGUCCCUUCCCCCGCCCUUUCUCUUCUCGGUUUCCCCGUCAGGCUGCGGGUUCAGUCUGGCGGCUGCUUCCGGUAGGAGCUCGGUGCAGGAGAAGUCGGUCCCAGUUCCUCGUCAUGUCCUACGGUCCCUUAGACAUGUAUCGGAACCCGGGGUCCUCUGGGCCCCAGCUCCGGGACUUCAACAGCAUCAUACAGACGUGCAGUGGCAACAUCCAGCGGAUCAGCCAAGCCACUGCUCAGAUAAAGAAUUUGAUGAGCCAACUAGGAACUAAGCAGGAUUCAAGCAAGCUACAGGAAAAUCUGCAACAGUUACAGCAUUCUACAAAUCAGCUCGCCAAGGAAACAAAUGAAUUACUGAAGGAAUUAGGGUCCUUGCCCCUUCCCUUAUCUGCUUCAGAACAGCGCCAGCAGAAACUUCAGAAAGAACGCCUCAUGAAUGACUUCUCUGCAGCCUUAAAUAAUUUCCAGGUUGUGCAGAGAAGGGUAUCUGAAAAGGAAAAGGAGAGCAUUGCCAGAGCAAGAGCUGGAUCUCGUCUCUCGGCGGAGGAGAGGCAAAGAGAGGAACAGCUCGUCUCAUUUGAUGGCCAUGAGGAGUGGAACCAGAUGCAAAGCCAGGAGGAUGAGGUGGCCAUCACUGAACAGGAUCUGGAACUUAUUAAAGAGAGAGAAACAGCAAUUCGGCAGCUGGAGGCUGACAUUUUGGAUGUCAAUCAAAUAUUUAAAGAUUUGGCCAUGAUGAUCCACGAUCAAGGGGAUCUAAUUGAUAGCAUAGAAGCCAAUGUGGAAAGCUCAGAGGUGCACGUAGAGAGAGCAACUGACCAGUUACAGCGAGCUGCUUACUAUCAGAAAAAAUCUCGCAAGAAGAUCUGUAUCCUGGUGCUUGUCCUGUCUGUGAUUAUCGUAAUCUUGGUACUUAUUAUCUGGCGAAUUUAUAAAUGAAGUGAUUGCCUCCGAGCCGCCUUCUGCUGAGCUGUUUUCAAGGGCACCUGCUUCCUGGAGUCUUGCCAGAACAAACUGAUCACAAGAAGAGAGCAUACACCAGAAUGUCUUGUAAUAAUUUAGUUAGAAAAUAACUACUAACUAGUCCUUUGGAGUUAGUGACCCAUGGAGACAGUAUUUAUCAAUUUAUGUAUACAUUUUAUUGAUUUCUCAAAUUAGGAAUUAAUUUAUGUGGAUUUUGCUUUCUCUUGUAUUCUGAUUGCCCUUCUGAUAUCUAUGAAUGAAAAUUCCAUUCUAGAUAUUCUUCUUUUGACAGGUGACACUACAGUCUUGUAAUAUUGUCAUUUUAUUUGUAUACUAGAUUCACCUUUUUCUAGCCGCUGAGAUAGAAUUACUUUCUGACAGCCAGCACAUUUGUCAGAAACCAUAUAAUAAGCUGAUACUUUUUAUUAUUUAACAUUUUAAUUUGAAUUUCGAAGAAGCCUAUUCUCUAUCUGCUUUGAAAGAUUUUGGCAACGUACUUAACGAGAAAGUAAAAAAAAGGCGCACUCAAUCCCGAUUAAAAGUAUCUAUUUGAGCUGGCCAGUCGUCAAGAUACCCAUUAACGGGGUUUGAAGUUUACCUUAUUAUCUGCUAGUGUCAGCCAUGGCCGUUCAUCUGCACACACACUAAACCAUCUUGUUCACUUUUUUAAGAGGUUAAUUUAAUUUAACAUUAUGCUCUCUGGGGUCCCUCUCCCCCUGUCUGUAUAGAAAGGGAGAAUUAGACAAAGCAUGCUUUUGGAAAGCAAAUAGGAACUGUUUGGAAUGAUUUAAACUUUUUGUUGUUGUUCACUUGUGGUUAUACAUUCCUGGUGAAUGAUGAAUAUUGCUGUCAAAAGGCUGCCCCUUCCCCAUAAGGGUUGCUGGGCAUUUGAUGGCAGGAAGAUUUUAAAAGCUAGACUUGAAGUUGGUUUAAAAUUUAGUUCUGUGAACCUGUGAUAAAGCGAAGAAAAGGUUCAUUUUUGUAAAUACUGAUGGUUUGGAAUAGUGAUGUUAGACUUAUCCUAAUUUAUGAACAAGAGAUUAAUCUCCAUGCAUAGUUUUAGACAAAAAAAAAGUUUCAAUAAAAGAUUGCUGUCUUGUAAUAGAAAUGUUGUCCACUUCCCUUUUUCACACAGGUCUAGAGCCGUUAAAGGGAAUAUAAUUUCUGUCGGCUCACACAUAAGUGUGAAUUGGGCCAAUGAUUUCAGUUCAUCCUUUAGUGAAUUAGAGGACUGGGCUGCCCUGGGUAUAUUUAUGUUCAUUUCUUCCACUCUGUUUAGUGUUAAUCUCCUUUUUACCAAACUAAUGUGAAUAGUAGGGAAACAAGGGCCCAGAUGCCCAAGUUUCUUUGUACUCUUGCACCAUUCCACUCCUUAAUAUAAAUAAACAUUUUAAAAGCU